CCAGUGAAGAACACUCUCCUACCCUUCCAGUCCUCCAAAACCUUGCCCUUAAAAACGUGCCAAGAUGAUGAUGAUGAUUGGAAAUAAAUACCGGGCAAAACGAGGAAUGUCGCUGGACUCAGGUUUGCCGAGGCAGCAACGUGUAAGCGACCAGGUAAAUAAAGGGUGGUUCAAUAAACAUGAUGAGAAGAAAGUUAGCAAAGGAAAUGGCAAGAAUGAGAGUACCAGGACAACAAUUCUGUUUGCCAUGAAAAAUGAAGUUGGUGGACUUGUGAAAGCCCUUCAAAUCUUUCAGGACAAACACAUCAACCUAGUUCAUAUAGAGUCCAGGAAAUCAAAGAGGAGAGCUUCGGAGGUUGAGAUAUUUGUGGACUGCAGCAGCACGAAAGAAGAUUUUAAUGAACUGAUUCAGCUAUUAAGAGUCAACACAAACGUUAUUUCUCUGAAUCCACUGGCCAACAACUGGACAGAGGAAGAAGAAUUGGAUGACAUCCCUUGGUUUCCAAGAAAGAUUUCUGAACUAGAUAAAACUUCCCAAAGAGUCCUGAUGUAUGGAUCAGAUCUUGAUGCAGAUCACCCAGGCUUUAAAGAUGAUGUGUACAGAAGUCGAAGAAAGUACUUUGUGGAUGUUGCUAUGAAUUACAAAAUUGGCCAACCCAUUCCCAGAGUGGAGUACACAGAGGAAGAAAUUAAGACUUGGGGAACGGUGUUCCGAGAGCUCACAAAACUUUAUCCAACUCACGCAUGCCGAGAAUAUCUUAAAAACUUUCCUCUUCUGACAAAGCACUGUGGCUACAGAGAGGACAAUAUCCCCCAACUGGAAGACGUCUCAGUAUUUUUGAAAGAACGAUCAGGCUUUGUGGUCCGACCUGUAGCUGGUUAUUUGUCCCCAAGGGAUUUUUUAGCUGGCUUGGCUUUUCGGGUUUUCCAUUGCACUCAGUAUGUGCGUCACAGUUCGGAUCCCUUUUACACACCAGAACCUGAUACAUGUCAUGAGCUGCUUGGACAUGUGCCUCUUCUGGCAGAACCAAGUUUUGCAGAGUUUUCGCAGGAGCUUGGUCUCGUCUCUCUCGCUGCGACAGAUGAAGAUGUUCACAAGUUAGCCACUUGCUACUUCUUCACAGUGGAGUUUGGGCUUUGUAAGCAAGAUGGACAACUGCGCGCUUACGGUGCGGGACUUCUGUCUUCGAUCGGAGAACUAAAGCAUGCACUGUCAGACAAAGCAAUUGUGAAACCCUUUGAUCCAAAGACAACCUGCACACAGGAAUGCCUCAUCACCACCUUCCAGGAAGCUUAUUUUUUGUCAGAAAGUUUUGAGGAGGCCAAAAACAAAAUGAGGGAAUUUUCCAAAUCAGUCAAACGCCCGUACUCUAUACUCUACAACCCUUACACCCAAAGCGUUGAAAUCCUCAAGGAUAUCAAAAGCAUUGAAAAAGUUGUUCAAGACGUCCAGAAUAAACUUGGCACAGUGUGUGAUGCUUUAUCCAAAAUGGGCAAACAGUCAGGAAUUUGAUUAUUUGCACAUAGAUCUAAUGCUGAUAUUGAUGUACAAGCUGCUUGGAGAAAUGACACUAAUGGCACUAUGGUGUAAUCUGCUCUCUAAUUAGUAACUUACUUGGAUGUUUCAGUAAAGCUUAUGCUGCUCUUGGGUGUGCUCCACAGCCUUAAGACACAAAGAAUAUGGUGGAAAACCCAGGCAAUUCUGCAUGAACUUGACAGUGAAAUGCACAAAAUAAGAGACAAAUAUCACUGUUCCUAGAAUAACUUCAAUAUCAAUGGCUGUCUCAAGUUGGACCUGAUUUCAUUUGAAAGGGAAAGUUACAAAUCCAUUGACCUAAUGAUUUCUCUUUGAAAACUAGCAGAAUUAACAACUGACCAAUGGUAAUUUUAGAAUGAUGUCAGGAAUAACUGAUGAUCUCAAACUUGUGAGAUAAGUAGACUUUGUAUUUGUUUUUAAAUCACUGUGAUAUAAAGGAUGUCCCUCUCUGAACUUAUUCUGGUAAUUGAACUCAUACAAUUGUAAAAGAACACACCGUAGGGUGAGUUUAUGAUCAAAUCUUUCUUAGGUUGUUGCUAUUUCUUAAAUAUGAAUUAUUUUCAAAUAAACAUUGUCCUAUUUCAUUGAAUCCACACACUGUGGAAGCAGGCUGUUCAGUCCAUCGAGUCCACGCUGACUUUCCAAACAGCAUCCAACUUUAUCCCUG